AUGCUGCGACGCUGCCUUGCAGAGGAGCCGGCGCACUGUGCUUCGCGCGCUGCAGACCUGGCGCUGUCGUUCCGAAAGAUGGGGCAGGGCAAGGUCAGCCAGAUGCUAUUCCAGUGGGCAGAGCAGCAUGGGUCUGAAGAUGCGGCAUUUCAAUACAUCCGCGGGCACCAUCUGGACUAUGACUUGCAGCAGAGUGAACGUGCAGGUCCGUACUAUCGGAGGGCCUACGAGCUCGACGCCGACAACCCAGUUUUCGUGAAGGAGUACCUGAUGUGGCUCGAGUUGAUCGCCAAGGAUAAUCGCAGCUUGGUCGAGCUGUUAGGGCCACGCCGCAUCCGGAGGAAGGCCCGCAAGACGUUGCAAGAGCUUGGUGACCCGGCUUUGGCAUGCGAGGCAUCCAUCACCACCCGAGAGCUGCUUCAGGAUUACGAUUGGUCGCGCGAGCUUUGGUCUUAUGCUUUGGAGAACGGGGUCUGCAACCAGUGCAUCGAGAACAACUGGGCGCUGCAUGCCCCGAGUGGGCUGAAGAUGCGUGAUGAUGUCGGUGACUGGCAGCUGUUCCUCAAUGCUUUCUGGCACCGUGCCAUGAGGAGCACUCUGAUGGGUGCGACAGGCAAUGCUGGCCGACAUGGAGCUUAUGAGCGCCGGGUCAACAGAACCUGGGGCCUGCAAGCGUUGUCCAAGCACAGCAGCAUCAACGAGCUGCUGCAGACGGGCGAUACCAUCAAACGCCUGGAGGUGGUCAACUUGAGCGACCAGUUCCCAUCAGCACAGGUUGUGAAUGAGCUCCAGUUUCCUGGCGAUAUGGCCAUGGGCCCGGACUCCUGGUCAACGCAGACGCUCAUGCGCCACAACCGUCGUGAUGACCGGGGCCGUGCCUACCUCCAGCUCUUGCGCAGCGGCCCACGGAAGAUUUUGCACUUUGCUCCAACUGCAAGCUCGGCCGUGAUCGUCACUUGUGGAGGCUUGUGCCCCGGCUUGAACUCCGUGAUUCGCGAGUUAGUGAUGACUUUGGCCCGAUACGGUGUAAAGAACAUUUACGGCUGCAGGGGAGGCUACAAAGGCAUGGUGCAUCCCGACACUUGGAUGACCCUGACGCCGGAUGUUGUGCAGGACAUCCACAAGGAAGGAGGCACCAUCCUUGUCAGUGAUCGUGGCAACCCUGCGCACAUGGAAAUUGCCCAGACUUUGCAGAAGCAGAAUGUCAAGCAAUACUUCGUGAUUGGUGGCGAUGGCACGCAAGCCGGCGCGUUCGAGACCUUCUCUUGCACACAGGAGAUUGGCCACGAGGUGGCCGUGGUCGGUGUGCCCAAGACCAUUGACAAUGACAUCCCCAUCCUCGACAGGUCUUUCGGCUUCAACACUGCCUGCAGUGAGGCGGAGAAGGCGAUUGAUUCCGCCUACGUGGAGGCCACGUGCAACUCGCACUGCAUUGGCCUGGUGAAGCUCAUGGGUCGGCAUUGCGGUUUUAUUGCCCUGCAUGCCACCUUGGCAGCACGCAGCGUUGACAUUUGCCUACUGCCCGAGAUGGACAUCUCUUUACCACGGGUUCUGCACCACGCAAUGCAUUUGAUGAAAACAAAAGGUCAUGCCGUCAUUGUGGUGGCCGAGGGCUGCGGUGACACGCUUCUGAAAAGCUCCGGUGAGCGUGACGCCGGUGGCAACAAGAAGUUAGCCGACGUGGGACCAUGGUUGCGUGAGCAGCUGUUGGCCUACGCGAAGAGGAGUUUUGGCUCCACCGGUUCAUGGGUGUAG